AUGGUGCAGCUUCUGGGAAUGAAAAAUCUCUCAGGAGAGCAAUUUCCCCCCGUCUCGAAGCUGAAAGUCGAGAGACUGCCCGGGUGCAAACUCCGCAGCCUGAACCAGGACUCCGCAGCAGGACCUGGCCCUGCCGAAACGCUCCCCACUUCGAGCAAAGGGCGCACGAGAUGUGCACGGGAGGAAUGGUUGAAGAGACAUGUGCAGCCAGAAUCCCUCGGUGAUGACGGGACGACUUUUCGGCCAGGAAUGACUCUCGAGUCGAUCGGCAAUGUCAUCAUGCGCGAGACAGAAGAGUUGCAAAGCAAGCGCAUCAAGCUUCUACCUGCAAGCUCCAAAGUUGAGGUUCUGUCUAUCUCCUCUAAAUCUGAAAGGCGCAUGCACGUCCGCGAUGCUGACGGGGUUGAUGGCUGGGUCAGCAUCCGCAAAGAGAGCGACGAGGAGCUUUGGGCUCCCAUCCCACCCAUCACUGCCGGAUGCAAGCUGUAUUCCAGAGAGGAAGAGCUCCGUUUCUACGACGUCGAGUCCUGGGAUGUCAUUUGCCACGUGCGACGAGGCGAGCACAUGUUCGCUACCGGCCAACCGGUGUCGAACGAGGGUUACACGAUGGUGCCUGUCCGUUUACGGAACGGUGCGAUGGGGGCCGUGCAAUUGGAAUUGGUAAGCCAAAGACCCGAGGUGAGGGGUGUCCCUCAAGGGACGGGUCAUCGGCAGGAGCCGGAGGUUGAAGUCACUCCCUGGGACUUAGAGUUGGUGCACCGGCUCCCUGCAAAAAGCCAGUCCAUCCUGCGCAUCGUGAUUUAUGGUGAUGGCUUGACGGGUGAGGAUGACCCUGUGUAUGCACAUCGAUUUGCAGCUGAGCUCGACUGCGAGGGCUUGAAGCGCGCAGGGCCCGGCUUGGGCUCCCUUCUGCGACCGGCGACUCCGACAGCAAAGGAGACUUACUAA